GUUUUGUUAAUCCAAAGUUGAAUCUAUGGUGUGGAUUAGAUUUGGAAUAAAGCUGUAAAGUUUGUAACAUUUUGUGCAAAAAUCUUGGUGGGAUCUAUAGAUUAGGAUUGCUUAAAUUGGAUUUGUUUCUUAUAAUGAAAGUCUGGCAAUGUGCUCUAGUAUGGGGUUUAGUUAUAAUUUGUUUAUUUCUCCAAUUACAUUGGUAGCUUAAGGUCAUUUAACAGUAAAUUGUAGUCGUGUACGUGACUUGGUCAGCUUUCUAACUUAGCUGUUGUUUGAUGUGUGGAGUUAUAACAUCAACUAUAACUCUGAUAGGUCUUUUGUAGCCUGACUUGGUUUCAUUAACUAUAUUUUGGAUGAGUUUUUUUUUUAAGAAUCCUAUUUUACAGCUCAUUUUCCUUUUCAAAUAUACUGACUGAAAUGCUUCUUAUUUCUUCUAAAGUCACUGCUUUUUAUAGGCAUCAAAGUCAUUGUCUCCCACUACAAAAAAGAAUAUGAAAAAAAUAAAAAAUAAAAAAACCCAACUAUCUUCCCAAACACAAAAAAAAAAUUCUCUAAUAAUAUCCUACAACUAAAAAAACCUACAGAAAAACCCACUUCCCAAACUUUGUUUUCUGUUAAUCUGAGGUUGACAAAGAGAAUCCCCUUCAAGAUGAUAUUAGUAGGGUCAAUGAGGAUGAUUUGGCACUACACUCCAGCAAAAGUACAGAAUUUGAGUCCAAUAAUUUGUUUGAGCCUGAGGAAGACUUGAAAGUGUCUAUGGAUCCGGGUGUCCCUCAAGCCACAUCAGGAGAUGAUUGCUACUCACUGGUUGAGCGAAUUGAUUACAUGGCUAAACAUUCUGAGAACUUGGAUCUAGCGAAGGAAAGGGAAAUAGAUGAAGACCCCACCACAACAGGGCAGAACUUACUAGAGUUUGAAGAUGGUGACAACCCUGGUGAAUUAAGGAACCUGGAGUUGGUUGUUGAGGACUAUUUAACUGAAUCUAAUGAAUGCAAUAGUUCAAUGAAAACCUCUAAAAAUGUAUAUGUGGAAGCUGGGAAAAUUAGCAUUGUUGAUCACUCUGAGAUAGAAAGAAUCAGGCCCACUAUAGAUUCUGGAUUGUCUGAGAGAGAAGUUGCAGACAGUGCCGGCAAUCCAGCUUUAAGCAGCAGCAAGAAAGUUUCUGAAGAUACUUACAUAAGAAGACAGGAAUCUAGCAGCAAUUCUUGUUUGAAGAAGCAGUGUCGUUUAAUGGAGGUUUGCACGCAAAAUACAGACAUUGAUGAGAUCAGAGCUCUGAUGAUGGUAGAAGGCACUCCAUCGUCCAAUUCUGUGAAGUUGCAGAGUGAUUCUGUAGAGCUAGGACAACAUGUUCCUGCCAGUGAAUCCUUGGUUGUUACAGAGACAGAAAACAUUGUACUGGUGGUGGCUAGCAAUAAGAAUUUGUUCCAGGAUGAUAUACACAAAGGUGAUGAUCAUGAUUUGGUUUCUCGAUCCCAGAUCCAAAGUGGAGAUUUUGAUCACAAAACCUUAGUCAACCUGGAGCCAGUUGAAGACCAAGAUAAGGUGUUGUACAAAUUGUGUAAUUAAACAAGAUAAAUAAAUUCAUGAUUAAUCAAAUUACAUAACAGAAUAAG